AUGGUGACAAGCAAAGCCCUAAAAGCUUGUUUUCUUCUAUGGGCAUUCGCUGCUUGUUUGUCAACUGCUUCUUCAAGCUUUCACGAUGAAACAAAUCCAAAUGCAGGCUCUUUUCCCUUCCUUGUUUCUUACCAAAUUCCACAACCUGAUCAUGCAAAUGAUACACCCUCAGGUUAUUACCAAAAUCCACCCGCAAAUGAACCACCUGCAGUUUCAAGUCCACCGCCAGCUGAGCAUGCAGAUAAUCCUCCACCAAUUUCAUACAAUAAUCCACCGUCAGACGGCAGCAUAACGCCACCAUGUGACUGGCAUGAGCAUCAUCAUCACCACCCUGCACUAAAACCACCUACUAACUGUGAUAUGCCACCUUCUAGUGGCUAUAACAACCCUACCCCGCCACCUUCAACCGGCUACAAUACUGAACCUCCAAGCAACGGUGGAGGUGGCGGAUAUCAGCCAAGCUCGGGUCCAGUUGGAUCCGGCGAAGCACCAAGCUCGGGUCCAGUUGGAUCCGGCGAAGCACCAAGCUCGGGUCCAAUUGGAUCCGGCGAAGCACCUUCCCCAGUCGAGAAUGACAACCCUUCCACCACACCACCCUCUGGGUAUCACUACUACCCUCCACCUUCUACCACCACCCCACCGGCAAAUGAACCACCUGCAGUUUCAAGUCCACCGCCAGCUCAGCAUGCAAAUAAUCCUCCACCAGUUUCAUACAAAAAUCCACCAUCAGACGAGCAUGAUCACCACCAUCACCCUGCACCAAAACCACCUACUAACUGUGAUAUGCCACCUCCUAGUGGCUAUAAAAACCCUACUCCGCCACCUUCAACCAGCUACAAUACUGAACCUCCAAGCAACGGUGGAGGUGGCGGAGAUCAGCCAAGCUCGGGUCCUGUUGGAUCCGGUGAAGCACCCUCCCCAGUCGAGAAUGACAACCCUUCCACCACACCACCCUCUGGGUAUCACUACUACCCUCCACCUUCCACCACCACCCCACCGGCAUACACUCCGCCUGCCACCGGUGACACGUCCCCAACGCCUUCAUCUGAUCCACAUAAACUUAUAUUUGGUGGUACAAGCGAUUUCUGGAAGAGACAUCAUCCGUUGAUGUUCGGUCUACUCAAGUGGUGGCACGCCACAAUCGGUAAAGGCGACAAUACUCCUGCAUCAAACAUGAACUUUGAAGAAGCACUUUCAAACACAAGGAAUGAUGGAAUUGGUGCACUUUACCGUGAAGGAACCGCUUCUUUGCUAAAUUCCAUGGUGAACAAGAACUUCCCGUUCACAACGAGAGAGGUCUGGAACAGUUUCUCGGUUGCACUCCGCUCGAACAAGGAUGCAACGGCUCAAGCGGAGGUUUUCAAGCUAGCUAAUGAGGGUCGUCUCAAGCCAAGAGACUAG